AUGUGGAAAGAGCUUCAGUCACUGGGGGAAUCUCACUUCCCAUCAAAGAGUUCAUACAGGGGGAAACCGUAUCACUGCUUGGAAUGUGGGAAGAACUUUAGUCACCGCCAGAAUCUCGCUUCUCAUCAAAGAAUUCAUACAGGGGAGAAACCGUAUCAGUGCUUGGAAUGUGGAAAGAGCUUCAAUCGGAAGGGUCACCUCACUUCCCAUCACAAAAUUCAUACAGGGGAGAAACCCUAUCAGUGCUUGGAAUGUGGGAAGCGCUUCAGUCAGGAGGGGAAUCUCACUUCUCAUCAAAGAAUUCAUACAGGGGAGAAACCCUAUCAGUGCUUGGAAUGUGGAAAGAGCUUUCGUCUGAGUGGUGAUCUCACUUCCCAUCAAAGAAUUCAUACAGGGGAAAAACCCUAUCAGUGCUUGGAAUGUGGAAAGAGCUUCAGUAAGUGGGUGAAUCUCACUUCCCAUCAAAGAAUUCAUACAGGCGAGAAACCCUAUCAGUGCUUGGAUUGUGGAAAGGGCUUCAGUCGGAAGGAAAGUCUUACUACCCAUCAAAGAAUUCAUACAGGGGAGAAACCCUAUCAGUGCUUCGAAUGUGGAAAAGGUUUUUGUCUGAGUGGUCAUCUGACUUCCCAUCAAAGACUUCAUACAGGAGAGAAACCGUAUCACUGCUUGGAAUGUGGAAAGAGCUUUCGUCUGAGUGGUGAUCUGACUUCCCAUCAAAGAGUUCACACAGGGGAAAAACCCUAUCAGUGCUUGGAAUGUGGAAAGAGCUUUCGUCAGAGUGGUGAUCUGACUUCCCAUCAAAGAAUUCAUACAGGGAGAAACCCUAUAUGUGCUUGGAAUGUGGGAAAAGCUUCCGGGAGGGCCACAAGCUCACUUCCCAUCAAAGAAUUCAUACAGGUGAGAAACCCUAUCAGUGCUUUGAAUGUGGAAAGAGCUUCAGUCAAAGUGCCGCACUCUCUUACCAUCACAGAAUUCAUACAGGGGAGAAACCCUAUCAGUGCUCAGAAUGUGGGAAGCGCUUCAGUCAGGAGGGGAAUCUCACUUCUCAUCAAAGAAUUCAUACAGGGGAGAAACCCUAUCAGUGCUCAGAAUGUGAAAAGAGCUUCAGUCGGAAGGAUAGUCUCACUUCCCAUCAAAGAAUCCAUACAAGAGAGAAAACGGUUUAGUGUUUGGAAUGUGGGAAAAGAUUCGUUCAUGGCCCACCAAAUAAUUCAUACGGGGUUGAAAGCAUAUCAGCACACGGAAUGUGUAUAA